CUAGACUUCACGUGUUUAUCAUGGAUCACAUAGAAGACAUUCGUUCAAGAGUAAGGCUCAAUGAACACAAUGUUGAAAAUGUACACAGCACAGAUUUCCCUGGUACUUACGAGGGAUAUGAUGAUGACUGGGACUUCGAAAAAUUUAAACAGGGUUUUCAGAUCAAUAUCAUACAUCUUGAUGAGGAGCUGAUGGAGUUUGAUAUGGUCGGUGUGGAUGCAGCUAUAGCUAAUGCCUUCCGGAGAAUUCUUCUGGCAGAGGUCCCAACAAUGGCUAUAGAGAAGGUAUUCAUCAACAAUAACACAUCCAUUAUACAGGAUGAAGUGUUGGCUCACAGACUUGGCCUCAUCCCCAUCAAUGCAGACCCCAGGCUUUUUGAGUUCAGAAAUGAAGGUGAUCUUGAAGGCUCUUCAGAAGAUACUAUUGAGUUUCAGUUGAAAAUAAAGUGCUCAAAAUCGCCCAAAGCUCCGAAAGAGGCCACAGAUCCUGAUGAAAUGUAUAUCAAUCAUAAAGUGCUCACAAAGGACUUGAAGUGGAUCCCUGUUGGAAAUCAGGCUGAUAUGUUUAAAGAAGGAGACCUUCGACCAGUUCACGAUGACAUCCUGAUUGCAAAGAUGAGGCCUGGACAGGAAAUUGACCUUUCUGUGCAUUGUGUGAAAGGUAUUGGAAAAGACCAUGCUAAAUUCUCCCCAGUUGCCACAGCAUCCUACAGAUUGUUGCCAGACAUUGUCUUAACUCGUCCUGUUGAAGGAGAAGCAGCACGCAGGCUUCAGGGCUGUUUUUCCCCAGGUGUUAUUGAACUGGAUGAAGUAAAAGGAAAGGUUGUAGCCAGAGUAGCGCACCCCCGAAGAGACACCUGCAGCAGGGAAGUUUUCCGACACCCAGAUUUAAAGGAAUGUGUGAAAUUGGGCCGAAUAAGAAACCAUUUUAUUUUUUCAGUCGAGUCUACGGGAGCUUUGGCGCCAGAUGUUCUUGUAAAAGAAGCUGUGCAAGUUCUGAUGAAGAAAUGCCGGUCUUUCUUGUCAGAGUUAAGCGACUCGGCGAAGACGUGAUGAUCUUGUUAUGUGCACUAUGUACCUGAACUUCUACUUGACCUUAUGAACAUCUGAAAGAGUGGUGGUUUAUAUGGUUGUGUCUGGAGGACAUUACAGUUUACCUGGUCCUGGUGAUAAUUAAGAGCUACUUUCUCUUAGGCAUGGGGUGUUCUGGAUAUGGCAGUAAACUCUUAUGUCGUCAGUUAGCGCAUUCGGGUCCAAACAUGUCCAAGAACUUGUCAGAUUAUUUGAACAAAAAUUAUUUGAAUGGAAUAGCACAAGGAAUAAAAGUCAGAGCCCUCUGAUGGGGCAAAAUUAUAUAAAUUUCUUAAAGUGACUAGCUUCUGGAAUAUUGUUACAUGUACAAAGGGGAGGGUCUCACGGGCUCGCUCCACCGAAGGUCUGGCCUCACAAUAGCCGAUUGUCCCCUCACGAAUAAGGUCAGUCGUUCUUUGAUGCCAGGAGGUUUUUCAUGUAAAAUGCUAACGGCGGUGUUUUAUUCUACCAUGUCUACUCGUAUUUAAUUUUGCGCCACCUAUAAACCUGGCAGCCGUUUUAUGAGUGAAAAAUUAUCAAGUCGCGCGCUGUGCCAUAUUACAACGACAUUGGGGUAUCCAGUGUGUAUUGGAUGGAAACAUUAAGUGCGUGAAAAGCUUCCAGUGUCGGUAGGAGAGCGGAGAGCGGACAUGGAAGUUGUAGAUUCACCCGCUACCAUUAUUUGUUGUGUGUUGGCGACAUUAAUCGGUGGGUGUGGCGCCAGUUUGGCCUGCAAAUCUGUAUAUUACACACGUGGGCAGGUUUGUAAUAAGUAACUUACGAAAGGUCUCUAACCCGUCGCCUCCACAUUUAAAAUGAAAACCAUCAUAUAUUAGAAAUAUUCUUGAGUGUGUUGACUGUCAAGUAAAUAAAUAUCUACAUAG